CUGGCAAAUCGAUUAAGUCGAAGAAUUGUUCUUGCAAGGAACAAUGAAGGUUGCACAGGUUCUAGCGGUAGCAUUAAUAUGUCUUCAUUUCCGAAUGGGUUUCGGAUUAUCGAACUACACCUUCCCAUCUGGUUUUAAAUUUGGAGCGGCUACCGCAUCCUACACCGUCGAAGGUGCUUGGAACGAAGAUGGAAAAGGAGCCAGCAUAUGGGACAAUAUUACUCACGCGUUCCCCAGCGUAAUUGCGGAUGGAUUGAACGGAGAUGUAGCAAUCGAUGAAUAUCACCGGUAUACUGAAGAUAUUCCAUUGUUUGCGGAUAUUGGGCUUGAUUUCUACAAGUUCAGCUUUUCUUGGCCGAGGAUUCUACCCCAAGGUACUAUCGACAACAUCAACCAGAAAGGAUUAGACUACUAUGACAACUUGAUCAACCUGAUCAUAAGCCAAGGGUUAGAACCCCAAGCUGUGGCGUUCAACUUUGAUAUACCGUGGGAAUUGGAAAAAGUGGGUGGAUUUACUAACGACUCAACUGUGCAACACUUCGUCGACUACACCGAUUUGCUCUUUAAAACUUUCGGAGACCGCGUUAAAUUCUGGGUUACUGUAAACGAAGGUCACGCAUUUUGCAAACUCAUAGUCGACGACAUUCUAUCGCGAGUUAUUACACAAAAUCUGGGUUUCAAGGAAUACCAAUGCGCACACAAUGUAAUUAAGGCUCACGCCGCUGCAUAUCGCAACUACGAGCAAAACUACAAGGCUUCGCAACAAGGCAAGGUGGGCAUGGCGUAUAGUAUAUAUUGGUACCUCCCCGCAUCAAAUUCUCAAGCCGACCAAGAUGCUGCUGUAAGAGCUAGGACAUUUGUGUUCGAGUGGUUCGCACAUCCGAUACUAAAAGGAGACUACCCUCAAGUACUUAUCGACCAAGUUGGUAACUUAAGUCAACAAGAAGGAAGAAAUGUCUCAAGAUUACCUCAGUUUACUGCAGCGGAAAUCGCAAACAUUAAAGGAUCUUACGAUUUCGUUGGGGUUAACGCAUUCAGAACAUUUUUCGCAACUGAUCGCAGCAACCAAAACCUAACUCCUAGUCUUCAGAAUGAUAUCAGGGUGACUGAAACCACAAAUGCCUCCCUCGACUUAUCUUCAGUUUAUAUUUCUUCACCACAAACAUUUAGAGACUCCAUAAUUUUUGCAAGCGACUACUGCGACGGAUGCGAAAUUAUCUUGACGGAGCAUGGAUUUAAUACUAGAAAUGAGACCCUAAACGAUACGGCUCGUAUAAACUUUAUGCAGACUUACAUGGACGAGGUAUUGAUUGCAAUUAACGAAGAUGACAUCAACAUCACCGCUUAUACCAUGUGGUCUGCUAUUGAUUUCUUUUAUUUCAAUUUCGGUGAAACGGCCAAGCUGGGAUUAAUUCAUGUGGACUUUACAUCAAGCAAUCUCACAAGAACGCCUAAACGGUCAUCAGAGUACUAUAAGAACAUCAUCCAAACAAGAAGUUUAACCCAAUUCCAGGUUUAAUGGGAAAAAAUCAGAAAAAAUAAUGCACCAUUCAAAAUUCAAAAUAAUGUCUUUAUCAUAAAUAACAUUCAUAUUGUGUAAACAAAUCUAGUACAAACAGAUCCAAAUAAAAUGAACGAUUUUUA